AUGGAGUGGGAAGGGCCGCCCAAGCAAGGCUUGUACGACCCUCAGAACGAGCACGAGGCUUGCGGUGUUGGCUUUGUAGUUGCUAUCGACGGAAAACGUUCUCAUAAAAUUGUUCGCGAUGCCGAAACCCUCGCAAAACGUAUGGAACAUCGCGGCGCGUGCGCAUGCGACAACGAUACAGGAGACGGUGCAGGAGUUUUAACUGCUAUACCGCAUCAGUUCUACUGCGCUCAACUUAGAGACAGUCAUCAACUAGAUUUGCCUUCAUUUGGGCACUAUGCAACUGGUAUCUUCUUUCUCGAUAAGCUUCAUCAUCAAGACAUCGAGAAGAAGUUCCAAGAACUCGCCGAGAGCCUUGGCCUUCGCGUGAUUUGCUGGAGAACUGUACCAACUAAUAACUCUACCAUUGGUCAGGUGGCUCGUAACUCGGAGCCAUAUAUGCGUCAAGUGUUUGUUACCGGAGAUAUCAGCGACGAAAACCAACUCGCACGUCAGAUUUUCGUGUUGCGUAAACGAGCGUCUCAUGAGCUAGUGGUGCCGGGAGCACGUUUCUACAUUUGCAGCUUGUCAUUGAGGACUGUCGUAUACAAGGGUCUUCUCACUUCAAACCAACUAUGGGAAUAUUUCAAGGAUUUGAGCAACCCAGCUUUUACCACCUAUUUGGCGUUAGUGCAUACUCGUUUUUCGACCAAUACUUUCCCCAGUUGGGAACGUGCGCAUCCUUUGAGAGUGCUUGCCCACAAUGGCGAAAUAAAUACGUUACGAGGUAAUGUAAACUUGAUGAAGGCUCGUGAAGGAGUUAUGAAAAGCGAAUUGUUCGGAGAUGAUCUCAAAAAGCUGUAUCCCGUAGUGGAACCAAACCUUUCCGAUUCGGGUUCAGCUGAUUGCGUCCUCGAGUUCCUCAUGCAUUGCGGUAACAGAACUCUCCCGGAGGCUGUCAUGACGAUGGUCCCCGAGGCCUGGCAUAAUGACCCGACUAUGCCUAAAGAAAAGAGGGAUUACUAUCAGUGGGCCUCAUGUGCGAUGGAGCCCUGGGACGGACCCGCCCUCGUGUCGUUCACUGACGGACGGUAUAUCGGUGCUAUAUUGGAUAGAAACGGUCUGCGUCCGUCUCGUUUCUACGUGACGGACGAGAACGUACUCGUGAUGGCGUCUGAAGUCGGCGUCUAUGACGUCGCCCCCGAGAAGGUCAUACACAAGAGUCGUCUAAAACCCGGCCGUAUGUUGUUGGUGGAUACACAAGAUAAGAAAAUUAUUCAAGAUGUCGAACUCAAGCUGACAAUUGCUCAAAGCAGACCUCACUCCCAGUGGCUAAAGGAACAGAUAACAAUGGAGGACAUCCACAAAUCACUGCCGUCGUCUGAGGUCGCGGCUAACGGCAACAACACGGCGGUGAGCGGUCUCGGCGACCCGCGGCUCGGACUCUUCGGGUACACCAUCGAGUCCAUCAACAUGCUGCUGCUGCCCAUGAUACAGCAAAAAAAAGAGGCGCUAGGCAGUAUGGGCAACGACGCGCCGCUCGCGUGCCUGUCGCGCUUCCAGCCGCUGCCCUACGACUACUUCAAGCAGCUGUUCGCGCAGGUCACCAACCCGCCCAUCGACCCCUUCCGUGAGAAAAUAGUGAUGUCGUUGAUGUGCCCCAUCGGCCCCGCCGCCAACAUCCUGCAGCCGGGGGCCGACUUCGUGCACCGCAUCUUCCUGCCCCAGCCGAUACUCUCCAUACCCGACCUGGAGGCGUUGAAGCGCACUACAUUUCGCGGAUGGAGGACGCAAAUAAUAGACUGCACGUUCCCGACGUCGGCGGGCGCGCACGGGCUGGAGGCGGGGCUGUCGCGCGUGGCGGCCGAGGCCGAGGCGGCGGCGCGCGGCGGCGCGCAGCUGCUCGUGCUGUCCGACCGCGCCGCGGGGCCCGCGCGCGUGCCCAUGUCCUCCCUGCUCGCGCUCGGUGCUAUCCAUCACCACUUGAUUGAAACGCGUCAGCGUAUGAAAGUUGGUCUUUUAGUGGAAACUGCCGAUGCAAGAGAAGUUCAUCACAUGUGCGUGUUGCUUGGUUACGGCGCAGACGCAAUCUGCCCAUACUUGGCGUUCGAGCUGGCCUUCUCCCUGCGCAACGACAAUCUUAUAGACCCCAAUUUAACCGAUGAAGAAAUUUACUUGGCUUACCAGAAGGCCAUCGAGACCGGCCUCGCCAAGGUCAUGGCCAAGAUGGGCAUCAGUAUGCUACAGUCGUACAAGAGUGCUCAGAUAUUUGAAGCGGUCGGUCUGAGUGAAGAAGUCAUUGAUAAGUGCUUUAAAGGCACUCAGUCUAGAAUUGGUGGCGUUACGUUUGAGAUUUUAUCUAAAGAGACGUUUGACAGACAUGCAUUAACUUACGGUGAAAGUAAAGACAUGCUAGUGCUGAGGAACCCCGGCAACUACCACUGGCGCGCGGGCGGCGAGAAGCACAUCAACGACCCCAUGUCCAUCGCCAACCUGCAGGAGGCCACGCUCGCCAACAGCGCCUCCGCCUACGACCGAUACAAGGAGAGCGCCUUAGAAUCAGUCCGCGCCUGCACACUUCGUGGUCAACUUGAACUUGUCAAAUUGGACGAGCCCUUGCCGCUGUCUGAAAUCGAACCUGCGUCUGAAAUAGUCAAGCGAUUCGCUACUGGUGCCAUGUCGUUCGGGUCGAUCUCAAUGGAGGCGCACUCCACGCUCGCGAUCGCCAUGAACCGUGUGGGCGGCAAGUCUAACACUGGGGAGGGCGGGGAGAACGCGGACCGGUAUCUCAAUCAAGACCCAGAAUUCAACAAGCGCUCGGCCAUCAAGCAAGUGGCGUCGGGUCGGUUCGGCGUGACGGCGUCGUACCUCGCGCACGCGGACGACUUGCAGAUCAAGAUGGCGCAGGGCGCCAAGCCGGGGGAGGGCGGGGAGCUGCCUGGCUACAAAGUGACAGAAGAAAUCGCCAAGACUCGUUGCUCAGUGCCGGGCGUAGGGCUGAUCUCGCCGCCGCCGCACCACGAUAUCUAUUCCAUAGAAGACUUGGCAGAACUAAUCUAUGACCUAAAGUGUGCCAACCCUAAAGCCCGGAUAUCCGUCAAGUUAGUGUCGGAAGUGGGCGUCGGUGUUGUCGCUUCCGGUGUUGCCAAGGGUAAGGCCGAGCACAUAGUGAUCUCCGGGCACGACGGCGGCACGGGCGCCAGCUCGUGGACGGGCAUCAAGAGCGCCGGCCUGCCGUGGGAGCUGGGCGUGGCGGAGACGCACCAGGUGCUCGUGCUCAACGACCUGCGCUCCAGAGUGGUGGUACAAGCAGACGGUCAGAUCCGCACGGGCUUUGACGUGAUGGUCGCUGCUUUGCUUGGAGCCGAUGAGUUUGGAUUUAGUACCGCGCCGCUUAUUGCUUUAGGAUGCACAAUGAUGAGGAAGUGUCACUUGAACACGUGCCCGGUGGGUAUCGCUACGCAAGACCCCGUGCUGCGCAAGAAGUUCACGGGCAAGCCCGAGCACGUCAUCAACUAUCUGUUUAUGUUGGCUGAAGAGGUACGUGUGCACAUGUCGGAAGUGGGUGUGCGUCGUUUCGGAGAUCUAGUGGGGCGCACGGACUUGCUGAAGGUGCGGGAAAACAACGACAAUCCUAAGGCGAGGCUGCUUAAUCUGUCGCUCAUACUGAAGAAUGCGCUCCACAUGAGACCGGGAGUCAAUAUUGUGGGAGGAUCUAAAGCACAGGACUUCCAACUAGAGAAGCGAUUGGACAACGCUCUCAUACAACAGUGCAGUGGCAUUCUGGACGGUAGUCAGCAAUGCAUUGACAUCAAUAUGAAGAUUACCAAUGAAGACCGUGCUUUUACUUCUACACUGUCUUAUCACAUUGCUAUGAAGUACGGCGACGAGGGCCUCCCCGACGGCACCACCAUCAACAUAUCGCUGGCGGGCUCCGCGGGGCAGAGCUUCUGCGCGUUCCUCUCUAAGGGCAUCACUGUCACCUUGGAGGGAGACGCUAACGAUUAUGUCGGAAAAGGCCUUUCUGGUGGUAAAGUGAUCAUCUAUCCGCCGAAGAACUCUCCGUUCGAAUCGCACUUGAACGUGAUCGCGGGUAACGUGUGCCUGUACGGCGCUACGUCCGGCAGAGCGUACUUCAGAGGCAUCGCGUCGGAGCGGUUCUGCGUGCGCAACUCCGGGUGCGUGGCGGUGGCGGAGGGCGCGGGCGACCACGCCUGCGAGUACAUGACGGCCGGCACCGUGCUCGUGCUCGGCCUCGUCGGACGCAACUUCGCGGCCGGCAUGAGCGGUGGUAUCGCUUACGUGUACGAUAUCGACGGCUCGUUCAAGGUCAAAUGUAAUCUCGAAAUGGUUGAAUUGCUGCCUCUAGAAAAGCAAGACGAUCUGGAUGUAGUGCGGACACUUCUAGAAGAAUUUGUCGAAUAUACUGGUUCAAUAAUCGCCAAGAACCUUCUCGAAACUUGGCCGGAGCCAGCUAAGAUGUUUAUCAAAGUGUUCCCAUACGAAUAUCAACGAGCUCUGAAGGCUAUGGCUCUUAAAAAGUCCACUCCUAAAGUGGAUACUAACGGAGAAGUGGAAGAGAACGGUGUUGUCGACAUCGAAGAGGCCGUGAGGAAUGUCGAACUUGAUAAGAAGAAUUUGGAGAAGGUUCUAGAUAAAACUAGGGGCUUCAUAAAGUACCCGCGCGAGACGUCGCUGUACCGGCCGGCGGAGAAGCGGCUGCGCGACUGGGACGAGAUCUACAACUUCGGCAGCGUGCGGCGCGGCCUGCGCGUGCAGGCGGCGCGCUGCAUGGAGUGCGGCGUGCCCUUCUGCCAGAGCGCGCACGGCUGCCCGCUCGGCAACAUCAUCCCCAAGUGGAACGACCUCAUAUACAGGGCCGACUGGCGGCAGGCCUUGGCGCAGCUCUUGCAGACUAAUAACUUCCCUGAGUUCACGGGGCGCGUGUGCCCGGCGCCGUGCGAGGGCGCGUGCGUGCUCGGCAUCUCCGAGCCGCCCGUCACCAUCAAGAACAUCGAGUGCGCCAUCAUCGACCACGCCUUCGAGGCCGGCUGGAUACAGCCAGAGAUCCCUGAACACCGGAACGGUAAAACUGUUGCUAUUGUUGGCUCAGGACCAUCAGGCUUAGCGUGUGCCCAUCAGCUUAAUAAGGCGGGCUACACGGUGACGGUGUUCGAGCGCAACGACCGCGCGGGCGGCCUGCUGCAGUACGGCAUCCCCAGCAUGAAGCUGAGCAAGGAGGUGGUGGCGCGCCGCGUGCGCCUGCUGGCCGCCGAGGGCGUCGCCUUCAAGUGCAACGUCGACGUCGGCAAGGACAUAUCCGCUGCAGAUCUGGCUAAUGAGUAUGACGCACUAGUCCUGUGUAUGGGCGCGACGUGGCCCCGCGACCUGCCGCUCAAGGGCCGCCAGCUGAACGGGAUCCACUUCGCCAUGGAGUUCCUGGAGGGCUGGCAGAAGAAGCAGGCGGGGCCCGUGCCCGGACACGGCAAGGACACGCCAGUUCUGUCCGCUAAGGACAAGGAUGUGCUGAUUAUUGGUGGAGGUGACACCGGAUGCGAUUGCAUAGCAACAUCGCUACGUCAAGGCGCUAAAUCCAUCACAACAUUUGAAAUUCUACCCGAGCCAAAGAAAACUAGAGGCCAAGACAACCCGUGGCCGCAGUGGCCGAGAGUGUUCAGGGUUGACUAUGGCCAUGAAGAAGUAAAGGUGAAGUUUGGAAACGAUCCUAGACAAUUCUCUACACUCACCAAAGAGUUCCUCGAUGAUGGGUCGGGCAACGUGUGCGGCGUGUCGGCGGUGGAGGUGGCGUGGUCGCGCGGCGCGGGCGGGCGCUGGCAGAUGGCGGAGGUGGCGGGCUCGGCGCGCGCGCUGCGCUGCGACCUCGUGCUGCUCGCCAUGGGCUUCCUCGGCCCCGAGCGAUACGUCGCCUCGCAGCUCGAUCUGCCACUAGACGCGCGCAGCAAUGUGGAGACUCUAAAGGACAAUAUUUACCAGACGCCAUUGAAAAAUGUAUUCGCUGCUGGAGAUUGUAGAAGGGGUCAAUCGCUUGUGGUGUGGGCCAUAGCAGAAGGCCGACAGGCGGCUAAAGCCGUAGAUAUCUACUUAUCCGGCACGUCCUAUCUCCCAGGCCCCGGUGGUAUCAUCAACCAAUCAUUAGCAAUCAAUCAAUCGAUA